AUGUCUUACUUUUGUCGUACAAUUUCUACGUUACGUAUUUCUUCCUUAUCAUCACCGUUGCGUGGUGUUAUUCUAUCUCGUUUAAACGCCAGUACAACACCCUCUUCAACAUCAGCGGCAUCAGGCAGUACAAGUGGUUCAUCAAAACAAACGGGUGGUACCAACAGAACAUCUGAUCAAAGUACCCAAACGUCUGGUUCAGGCGGUAGUGGAGCAGCUAAGCCAGCUAAGUCAUCCGUGUUGCCUGGUAGUUCAACAUAUAGUGAAAAAUCGAAUCCAACAAAAACAAGUAGUGAAUCUCAGGAUACUGGAGCUAAUCGGUCUACAGAUGCAUCAUCGUCAAGUAAAACAAGCAGUUCAAAACAAUCAUCGAGUUCAUCAGACAGUCAAUCAGUAUUAAAUUCAACAUCUGGUCGAUUAAUGAUUGGUGGUCUAGUCAUUAUUGGUGUAUAUAGUGCAUGGAAAAUGUUAUAUAAUAAUCCAGAUGUUAAAAAAAGCCAUGAUCAUGUUAAAAAAGAAUUGACAAAAAAUACUCCCGAUAGUCAAUUACAUCACGAUAUGAUGUCUCAACAUAAACCAAAAGAAGCUGAAAAAUGA